AUGUUACGCAGUAGCAAAACCAAUGCUAUAUACAUCAUUGGCCUGGGCCAUGAGUACCCGCCCCAUUCAGUAAGACAGGAGCAAUUUGAAGACUUCUUGCAGCGCUUGUACCCCGACGAAAUAAGUUCACCAGCUAUUCAGAAGCUCAUCCAAUUCAACAACAAAACUAAGAUCAUCUCCCGCCCAACUACCCUCAGCUAUGCAGGAUGGACCAAAGAAAACGCUGCACCAUCGGAUGUCGACUCCAUCUCCCGCAUAUUCCGAACGGAAGGUGUAAGGCUCGCUACCUCUGCGUGCAAAGAGGCUAUGCGAGAAGCUUGCCUUGAGCCCAGCGACAUAACGCACACGGUAGCAGUGACUUGCACUGAUCAGAGUAACCCCGGCUAUGAUCUCUUUGUAUGCCAGGAGCUCGGACUUCUUCCGAGUGUACAACGAGUGCUACUCCAUGGCGUGGGGUGUGCAGGUGGUCUAUCCGCGCUUCGUGCAGCCGCUAGCAUCGCCGCUGCGGCAUCACAAAGAGGCCGCCCGGCCCGAGUCUUGGUGAUGGCGUGUGAACUAUGCAGUCUUUCUAUCCAGGCAGAGAUUCAAGCUGCCUGUAAAGACGACAAGCUGCACGUAGCUCCAGCGCUAUUCUCAGAUGGUGCAGCAGCGCUAACAGUAUGCAACGGCCUUGCGCUGGAAGACAAGCAAAAGCCAGUGUUCGAGCUGAAAGAAUGGGACAGUGUAGUCGUGCCGGGUACUUCGAGCUACAUCUCGUACGAUAUCGAGAAGCAUGGCAUGAUAGCUACUAUCAGCAAAGACGUCCCAGGAACAGUCAUCAAAGCCAUCCUACCUAUGUUCGAACGACUCCAUGUCACCUCCAAUACUACCCACCCCGCUGCAUCGGUGGCUCGCAGUACUGCUUCGAACUUCGAUUGGGCUAUCCAUCCUGGCGGUGCAACUAUUCUACAGGGGGCCAAGCAAGCUCUGCAACUCACAGACGAGCACAUCAGAGCCUCACUCGACGUGUACCAUAACUAUGGGAAUUCAUCCAGCCCAACCGUACUCAUCGUGUUAGACAAACUUCGCCGAAUGGGGGAAGGCAGAGAGAACAUUGUUGCGACCAGCUUUGGGCCAGGGCUUACAGUCGAGAUGUGCAUGAUGAGACGAUGUCGCCAAAGCACUACGGCACCAUCAUCUUCAGCUAGCUCUCACACGAAGAUGUAUACUCUGUGGCUGUCUCUACACUCACGGUUGUCAAAGAGGUGGACCCAGAUACAGCCAAAGCCCAUGAAGGAUAUGGAGAGAAGGACGAGUGGGUAUACACAAAUUUUCAGAUAG